GGACUUCGCCAUGUUUUCGAUUGGGGGUAAGGCGAUGAACAGAAUGUGUUAAAAUUUUUAAUGACAAAGAAGAAUUGUGUGUUGCUUAUGAUGUCAAAAUGUGAUGUGUCUUGUUGGAUACAUUAGUGAAAUUCAAUUUAUUACCUUAUGGAUGAGCUGUCAUCACUCGAUUACUGGAAAAUUUAGCUGUUCUGUUAAUUUUCUCUAGUUCCGGUUGAUCUUGAAAUGCAUAAGUGGGAUUCGGAUAUAUUUUUGUUUACUUCGUUCGUCACAAAUGUAAUAAAAACUUUCAGUACUUCAUAUGUGAGUCACAAAUAAAAAAAAAUUCUGCUGUUGUCUUAUAUGAUCUCUGCAGUAUGAUGCUUUUGUUUCAUCAGUCAUAAUUUUGCACCUUCUAAUUGUGAGCAACAAUGUCUGGGCGACCACCCGAAGAGCUAGCGGCUGAAUUGGAUUCUAUUUUCUUAAGGAUUUCAGUUGGGAAGAAGGAUGAAUCAUUGUCUAUUGAAACUCUUAUAGAUGCAUUGGUAGUAUUGUAUGAUGAAUGUCGUAAUUCUUCUUUGAGGCGAGAGAAGACAGUUUCAAAUUUUAUCGAAUAUGUAAAACCUGUACUGCAAAAGAUAAAGCGUCUUCGGCUUAGUAGAGAAGAUUUUGAAGUUCUCAAAGUUAUUGGAAGAGGAGCAUUUGGUGAAGUUGCAGUUGUCAAACAUAAAGUUACAGCCAAAAUUUAUGCCAUGAAAAUUUUGAACAAAUGGGAAAUGUUAAAAAGAGCUGAGACUGCUUGUUUUCAAGAAGAAAGGGACGUCUUAGUAUAUGGUGAUAAGCGAUGGAUUACAAAUUUACAUUAUGCAUUUCAAGAUGAGAACAAUCUAUAUUUUUUGAUGGAUUAUUAUUGUGGUGGUGAUCUUUUAACAUUGUUGAGUAAAUUUGAGGAUCGUUUACCUGAAGACAUGGCUAAGUUUUACAUAAUAGAGAUGAUAUUAGCUGUUCACUCAAUUCAUCAGUUGGGUUAUGUUCAUCGUGACAUCAAGCCAGACAAUGUGCUUUUGGAUGCAUCAGGUCACAUACGUUUAGCUGAUUUUGGUUCCUGUUUAAAAUUACUAGAAGAUGGUUCAGUGCAAUCAAAUGUUGCUGUAGGAACACCAGAUUAUAUAUCACCUGAAAUACUACGGGCUAUGGAAGAUGGACAAGGAAAAUAUGGCCCUGAAUGUGAUUGGUGGUCUUUGGGUGUUUGUAUGUAUGAAAUGCUUUUUGGGGAAACACCAUUUUAUGCUGAAUCCUUAGUAGAAACAUAUGGUAAAAUAAUGAAUCAUAAGAACUGUUUUGAUUUUCCUGAGGAUCCUACCAUUAUUGUCUCAGACGAUGCUAAAAGUUUGAUGAAGAGUCUGAUAUGUUCAUCAGAGUGUAGGUUAGGGCAAAAUGGCCUUGAAGAUUUUAAAAAUCAUCCCUGGUUCAUUGAAGUUGACUGGGAAAAUGCAAGGAAUACUUCAGCACCAUACAUUCCUGAAGUUAGUAGUCCAACAGAUACUUCAAAUUUUGAUGUAGAUGAAAGUGAUUUGAAACAGUCUGAAUCCUCUCCGCCAAAUUCUAAUUCUGUGUUUUCCGGGCUUCAUUUACCUUUCAUUGGAUUUACUUAUACCUCAGGGAGUAAACUUUCAGACUUGGGUUUUCAUAAACUUGGUAACUCUAUCUGUGAUAUGAUAGAUGGAAUCCCAAAUUCAUGUUUAGAGCAGAAAGUAGAAGUAUUAGAAAAGGAAAAAAGUGAUUUAGCAAAAAAAGUGAAAGAAAUGAGUAAUACUGUUCAGAAAAGCAUUGAUGGAGAAGAGAUCAUGAAUGUUAAAAAUUAUUCAGAUCUCGAAGUUAGGAAGCUGCAAGAUGAAGUAAAUACCUUAAGGAAAAGAUCUUUAGAAUUAGAGAAAGAGCUUCAGAAACAUAGGACAGACCAUCGAAGGAUACUAACUGCUAAACAAGAUUUGGAAAACAUUCAAGACGAAAAGUUAUUAAAAAUUAAAGAAUUAGAAAAAGCAUUGAAAGCUAUAAAAUUGGAAAAGGAUGACUUACAUAAAGAAGUUAUUGAAUGUCAAGAAAAACUGAAACUGCAAUCUAAAGAACUAAAAGAUGCCUUAAUGCAAAGAAAGUCAGCUAUGACAGAAUGCACAGAAAUUAGUGAUAAAUUGUCAGAAGUUAGAGCUUUAAAACAAAAAUUGUCUCGUCAAUUGCGGGACAAAGAAGAAGAACUUGAAAAUGCAUUACAAAAGAUUGAUGCAUUUAGGCAAGACAUGAGAAAAGCUGACAAGCUUAGGAGAGAGUUGGAAAUUCAACUUGAAGACAGCAAAACAGAUCUUAUGAAAGAGCAAAGGCUGAGAGAACGUAUGGAAGAAAAUGUGCGGCGUUUGGAAACGGAAAUUGAAGCCAUGAAACGUCGACAUGUUGGACGAGCAUUUUCUCCAGAUCAAAAUGAAAGUAGUCAAGAAAUGAAUAGGUUAAAAACUGAGUUGGAAAAUUUAACUACUCAGCAUAAAGAGACCCUUACUCAGCUGCAAGGUAGGCAUAGUGCUGAAAUAAAUGCAUUGAUGGAGCAGUUACAUGAAGCAGAAAAUUUCAAAUUCAAAGCAGAAAAGGAGGUUGCAUUUUUCAAGGAUAAGGUGGAACAAGUUCGAUCUGAAAGUACAAUGGAACAUCAGGAGCUUCUCAAAGAAAUAAAAAGAGUUCAUGAGCGGGAUAAAGCAAUGUUGCAAGAUGAGCUCAAAAGGAUGGCAUUUGAUCUUGAAAAGUAUAUGAAAGCUUUGAGCAAAGUUGAAGAUGAAAAAAAGAGAUUGGAGAGUGAUUUCUACCUAAUUAGAGAAAAGAAGGAGUCGAUCAAUCAAUGGGAAGCUCAAAUUAGCGAAAUAAUUCAAUGGGUUAGCGAUGAAAAAGAUGCUCGAGGGUAUCUUCAAGCAUUAGCCUCAAAAAUGACUGAAGAACUAGAUGCAUUAAAAAUGACUGGUGUGCCUCCUACCUCAACUGUGGAAAAGAACUGGAAAAAUCGUAGGUCUCAAAAAUUGGAUAAAAUGGAAUUACUGAAUUUGCAGUCAAGUCUUCAAAGUGAGAUUCAAGCUAAACAAGCUAUUGGUCAGGAAUUGAGUAAAGUACGAGCUGAAUUGGUUGCUGAACAAAAAGAACACAAAGAUUGCUUGCAAAAAAUUGAAUUCUUUAAACGAGAUGUUAUGAAGAAAGAAAUACAAAUAAAAGAAUUGCAACGUCGUAUUGAUUCAGGUGAUAAUUUUGCUGAUAAUGGGGAUCUUCAAUGUCAAAAUGUACUUGAUCGUCCAUCAUCAAGGAUGUCUUUUUUGGACCAAUUUUUAAAAGACACUUCUCAAAGACUUGGGCAUAGUGAUAGUGGAGAAUCUGCUGGUGCUGGAGAUGAUGCAGAUGUGGAAGAUAAUCAACCUGUUUCAGGUUCCAGUAGCAAAUCAACAGCAUCGGAAGCUAGUGCAGAGAAUUUUUCUUUCUCACCUGUCUUAGAUUCCCGCCCUGUUAUCAAUUUAAUUACUCCAAAACCUAAGGCUCAUCAGUUUCUUAUUAGAACUUUUCCAAGUCCUAUAAAAUGCAACCACUGUACUUCACUCAUGAUUGGACUAUGUAGACAAGGUGCAGUUUGUGAAGUUUGUGGGUUUGCUUGUCAUGUUACUUGCCAAGAAAAAGUGCCAGCUGUGUGUCCUGUUCCCUCUGAUCAAAUUAAAAGGCCUGUUGGAAUUGAUCCAACAAGAGGUAUUGGAACUGCUUAUGAAGGCUACGUCAAGGUUCCUAAACCUGGUGGUGUCAAAAAAGGAUGGAUGAGGCAGUUUGUUGUUGUCUGUGAUUUUAAGUUAUUUUUGUAUGAUUUAGCCCAAGAAAAGAGUACACAACCCAAUACAUGGAUCUCCCAAGUGUUAGAUAUGAGGGAUGAAGAAUUUUCAGUAAGCUCAGUGUUAGAGUCGGACGUCAUUCAUGCUAGCAAAAAAGAUAUUCCAUGCAUUUUUCGGGUAACAACAUCAAUGUUAAAUCCUCCCGGUAUUAAAAAUCACACACUUAUGAUAGUUGAAAAGGAAAGCGAGAAAUGUAAAUGGGUUGAUGCAUUGAAUGAGCUUCAUCGCAUUCUAAGAAGGAAUAAAUUGUCUUCAAAAGCUGUUUUCCAAUCAAAAGAAAUUCUUGAUAAUACUUUAAGUAUUAUAAAGAAUGCUACCUCUGCCUCUGUCAUUGAUCCAGAAAGAAUAGUUCUCGGUACAGAAGAAGGUUUAUAUUGUAUUGAUCUUGAUAGAGAAGAAAUUGCUCGUGUUGGUGAUGGUAAAAAAGUUUCUCAGUUAGAAUAUAUUGGGGAUGAACAACUUCUUCUUGCUGUGGCCGGGAAGCAGCGUUUUUUGAGAUUAAUACCAGUUGGUGCAUUAGAUGGUCAAGAUGUUGAGUGGACCAAAGUUCCAGAUACAAAAGGUUGCAUUACCUUCUGCACAAUGUGUGUUCAUAACGGAAGUUCUUCUCUUUAUUUGUUUUGUACUGCCAUUAAAAAACAGGUUUUUGUUUAUGAAGUAAACCGAACAAAAGGAAGGCAUCUCAGGAGGAAAGAAAUUUGCUUGCCAGUUCCUGCUCAUACUUUAGAUGUUAUUGGUAAUAGGCUUUGUGUUGGGUUGCCAUCUGCAUUUCACCUUUAUUCUGUACUUGAUGACAGCCCUCCAAUUUCACUUGUAAAUACAGAUUGCAAUGACUUAUCAUUCCUAUCACACAAUCUCAUGGAUCCUUUUCUUGCUGUAGAGUUAGAAAAUAAUGAGUACCUGUUAGUUUUUUCACAAUUGGGGAUUUAUGUUGAUGGCUUUGGCAAAAAGAGUAGGGAAAAAGAAUUGAUGUUUCCUGCUCCUCCUGAAGCAGUUAGUUACACAGAUGGUUUCUUAAAUGUGUACAGUGAAACUCAUGUUGAUGUUUUCGAUUGUUCAACUGGGGAGUGGUUACAGACCUUAAAUAUUAAAAAAACAAAGCCAUUAUGCAAAAAUGGGGUGUUAUGCUUUUCCCUUGCAACAGAUUUGCCUCAUAUCAUUUAUCUUCAUAAUGUUUUGCAUCGAUCUAACAGAAUAUGUGUGCCAGAAGCAAAUCAUCAUCCUUUGAAAAGCAGGCAAAGUAAAGCUAUGCUAAAUAGAGUCCGUAGACGGUUUUCUGUCAGAGAACCGGAUCGAGCAGGAAAAGGAAACGUAGAUCGUCGCUCCAGAUUAAUCUCUGGUCCAACUAAUUUCAAUCAUAUUUCUCACAUGGGACCAGGAGCUGGAAUACAGCUACAGAAAUUAGUAGAUUUACCUCAAUAUAAACUAAACUCCUUGCCACCAGAAGAGAAAAACAGAAGUUUACCGGGUUCAGGAAAAUUACACAAUCAACGGUCUACAGGGUCAAUAUCUGUAAUUUCUCCGGAUGGUUCAGUUUCAUCACAAGACCAUUCAACUGCUACUUUUUACACGGUGAGUUCUGGAAAAGGCUCAACUGAUCAGAAAGAUAAUGCUCAUGAUCAGUCAAGUCCUCGAAAUUCAAUAGCCUCCAAUAAUAGUUCUUUACUUAGCUCUCCCCCAAGCCCUCAGGUCAAAAGAGGUGAAGAAAAAGAUCAUGGAUCUUCUAGUUGUGAAUCCUAGGAUCAGCCUCUGAAUUCAUAUCCUAUUUCUAUUACUGUGAAUAUAAAAUGUUUUCAUAUUUGUGUGCAUCAAUGACUGAAUUUUAUCCAGUUUUAGUAUUGGAUUUAUAUUUUGAAUCUUCUUAAUUUUCCAAACCUGUUGUUAAAAAUCAAAUUCUGGUAAUUCAAGUUUGAGCUGUGUUGCCUCCAAACAUAAACAGAUUGAUUUUUUUCACAUGCAUCUUUAGUUUUUUUUUCUUUUUGUUCGAUAUGUUUAUUGUUAAAUUAACUUUUCAUUUUUGGUAUAAGCAGAGUUUUGCUGUGUAAAAAUAUUAAAUAUUGUGUAACUGUUUUUCCCCUUUUCCCAAACAACCAACUCAGUUAUCAAUACCAUGUCAAGAAACUGGUUUUAUUCUACUUAAAAGUUAUUUAAAACCUUAAUAACAUUUUUCUAUGUUAAAAGCUCAAAAUGCUGUUCAAUGUUUAAUGUGUUAAAGAAUUUUUUUUUCAUGUACUUCAAAGAAUAAUUUGUUUGUGUUUUCAUUAAAAAAUGAGUUUAAUAACCUGUCCAUUAUGCAGAAGGAACUCUUUUUUGAGAAAAAACUGCAAGUUCAGCUCUUCCUUGUAAUAUUUCAUUGUUGGAAUAGAGACUGGAUUGCGUCUGUGAAUAAUUUCAUGUUUGUCUUCUUCCAUUGAUGAUUCUUCAUUUACUGCUAGAGCAAGUCCAGUCUUUGAAGAAAAUGCAUUGGUUCGAAUCUGACCGAAGUUGUCAUUUUAACUUUUACUUAAAGCAUCUUGGACUCUUAUAAAAGAUGCAAACCACUAGUCUAUAUUUUAUAUACCUUUGUAGACAUUGUGUGAUGCAAUGUAUUCUUGCAAGUAUGCAUUGCGCUGUUCCUAGUCUUUGUCGCUGCUUUUCUAUUCUUUUAGCACAAUGUAUUCCAUGCAUAUUUUUUUACUGAGUAAAAAAUGAAAAUAAGAAAUUUUUAAAGUGUUUCUUUUUUGUUCUGUUUUAGUAUUUAAUUAUUGUUUGUUAAGAAUUGAAUAUAGUUUCUGUUGUUAAUAUAUUAUCUAUUUUGUAAAUAUUGGUAAAAAUAUUUGUUUAUUAUAAUUAUACAUGACACUCAUUAUAAUGACUGCCCAUUUUUUCAGUCCAUUUAAUAAAAUUACAGACAUGAAGAAAAAAAAGAAAGAAAUCUCAUAAUAAUCAUGUAAAUGUUAAAAAAAAACUUUGGUACAAUAUUGUUUACUGAAUAUCUUUUCAUACUGGUCAAAUGUAGUUUUUGUAAUGAGUCAAUUGUAUAAACAAUUAUUUGAUUUGUUUUAGAAGUUUGAUUUAAAUGUAUUCAAAUAAUAUAAUAAAAUUUCUAUGGCAAUAAUCUUUGUAUUUAGAAAUCUAUUGCUAAGAAAUGAUGCAAUGAAAUAUGAAAAAGAAAAAAAAGCAAUCUUUAUCAGAGAUCAGUUUAGAUUAAAAAUAGUCUUUUAAUGCCUAGUAAUUGUAGAAUUUUUUAUGUAAAGAAAAAUCAUAAAUUUGUUUACAAAUUCAUGUCUAUUUUCUUGUUUAGACAAUCAUUUUUGUAAUAAGUAAAUUUUGUGCAGAAACAGUGUUGUUCAAUACUGAUUUUUGCAUUUUUAAUCAUUGUUGAAUUUAAAUUGUAUAAAUUAUGAAUUUUUUAACAAUAUUUCAAGUCAAUUUUUGAAAUUUUUAAAAUUUUCCGUCCUAUUGCUCUUUUGUUACAAAAAAUUCUUUCCUUUAAUCAAUUAAUCGAUUGUAGUUUGAUGGUAAAAUUUAAGAACUGUAUUUAAAUAGACUUGCAUUUCAACAAACUUUGAUUUAAAUUAUUUAUUUAGAAAUCUGCAAAUUAUUUGCAUUGUUUUAAUUUUUGUUCGACGAUCGGUUUUACCAAUUCAGGGGAAAUUAAUGUUCCCCGCUAAAAUGCCAUAAAGUAUUUUUUUCAAAAAAGUGGAUUUGUUCACUUUUGAUUAAUUACUCAAUUAUUGUUUAGGUAAAUUUUGAAAUCUCCUUCAUAAUGUUUUUUAAUCAAUUAAGUUUCUUCCUGAAAUUCAUUUUGUAGUUGUUAUAACACUAGAAUUACGGCAAUCAUACCUAAAAAUACAGUGGGGGUCAUUUUGACCCCUGAGAAGAAAUUUGCAUAGUUUCCUAUAUAAUGUUAAAUAUUUGUAAAAAUUAGUUUAAAAUAGACAUAUUUAUAAUAAAUGCAAUUAAUUUAAAGAAUACAGAGAUUUUCAGGGUACAUAAUGAAAUAUUUAAAAAAAGUUUAAAAUGCUCUUCAAAAAACUAGCGCACUUUCAGUCGCAUUUCAGAAGCUAGAGGCUAAUGUUUCCUUUUCUAUACAAAAACAUUAUAAAUGCUUCAAGUUCUAAGAGACGUUUUUGAGUUUCUGCCCUGUUUCAGCUUCAGUGAAUGUAUUUGCAGUUCUUUUUUUCUCAAAAAGGUCAAAAUGACACCAGCCUGCACUUUUAUUUGUAACCCUUUAGUUUGGUUUUAAAAGAAUUACAAUUUUCUUGAAAAUUUUUCAUUAUUACACAGCACAAUGAUUUAGGAAAAGUCAAUGAAGGAUUGAGCAUUUUAUGAAAAUACAGAGGAUUAGUUAGCAAAAAAAAAAGUUUGAUUGUGGUCUAAAUGACCCCUCCCGUAAUUCUAGUGUUAAAAGAUGUACUUGUGUGACAAAUCCACAGAGAUGUUGGUUUUUAGGUUAAUUUUGAAAUCUCUUUUGUAACAUUUUUUUAGUCACUUUAUCUUAUCCUUGAAAUUUUAAAGAGAAUUCUUUAUGUGAUUCCUUGAAAUGAUGGACUAGUGUGAUAAUUCUAAAGAAAAUUGAUCUUUUAGAAACUGAAAAACUUUGAAGUGUAUUGUCGUAUGAUGCAGAGAUAUUAUUUUCAAAGUGCAUGUAGUUUAAAAUAUUCCAAUAUAUUUUAUGACAAUUUAUUUUAUAUUUGACAUUUGUUUAUGUGCUUCUCACAAUUGUGUCUAUCAUAGCAUUAAAUUAUAUAAUGUGUUAAUACUACUUUCUUAAGAAAAAACUUUUGUGUGAUUAUCUCAAGUUUCGAUACACAGGUAUAGGUAUGAAUUUUUCAAAUUAGCAUUUUUAAAACAGAAAGUGACAAAUACUAAAUCAGCUAAAUGUUGAAUAUUUAACAGCAUGAGGUUGAAUAUUCAGCUGUCAAUUUGCCUUGACUAGAUAUUUUUUCAGCUCAUUAAUGGAUAGUUAAUACAGGGCAAUGAUAUUCAUGCCAACCACACAUCAAAUACAUCAUUGCUUCUUAAGGCUUUAUGAAAACCACAAACUAUAUUAAUCUUAUAAAUAAAAGUUUCAAUUUUUUUUUUUUUGAAAAAUUGAUUUUUAAUGAACUAAAACUAAUUAAGAUAAAUAAUCUGUAAUCACUUUCUUUUUUUUAAAUAAUGUAUGGCCCCUUGUCCCACAUUUGAAUUUCAAUCUAACUUUCUUCUAUGAUAAACAGUAACUUAUUUUGUUAUCUAAAUAGUUCUUAGCAAACAAUUUUGUUGAAUCAAAUAUUUAAAACAACCAAUAAGUAUUAGUAUUCCAAAUACAGAACUCAAAUUAUCCAAAUCAACUGGAAUUGGACCCUAUUCGUACCUUUGGAUUUUUCUCUGAAAAAGAGUGUAUUUUAUUUAAUUACUGUAUGUAUGUUUAAAAUAGGAGAAAAAAUCAAUUUUUAAGGAAAAAUAGCUUUUAACUAAGAAACAAAAAGAGGCAGAAACACGUUUAAGAAAAGCAGAACUUUUACUUGUUAAAUUUGCUAGUACUGCAUGCUAGAACACAAUAAUAUAGCUGACCCCUGAGAUGAGAAAGUGACUAAUCAGUCGCAAUAAUGUUCACCCUGCACCUACACCAGCUUUGCGGUGGGAAGAACAAUACAGUGCGAAGACAGAAUGAUAAUUUUGCAAAUUACAGUAUGUUUCUGUCUUAACCCCCCCCCCCCCUUGAAAUUCAGAAACUGAUCCGGAUAAUCAGCGAUUUAUAGUCAGAGUCGGAUAAUUGAAGUUCUACUGUAGUAUUAUAAUGCAUUUUAUUUUGUUAAAAUAAUAUCAUGGUGGUAUUUUACUGUUUCUUAAAUGCAAGAAUAUGAAUUCAAAAAUGUUUCAGAUUCUUAAGCUUCACAUACUACAGUCGUUUUUCAGAUACCCAGUUCCAUGGAAUCUCUACUUUAAAAUAAAGCAUCUAUAUACUUAUUUAAUGAACCUCAUAUUUUGUAAUUUAAUUUCUAUUUCAUCCCUAUGUUUACAUGUGUUAGUUUAAAAGCCAACAGUGAAUUUAAUUGCAGUUGUAUAAUUUUCUAAGAAAGAUAUUUCUGACAUUUAAUGUGUUCUUUAUUGAAUAAUUUAGUCUGCUUAUCAAAUGAGUUUAAAUUUGUAUUUUCAUUAAUUUUUCUAAUAGAUGUUAUAAUUUAAUUGUAAUAAUAAUUUUCAAUUACAAGUUAUGUUAUAUAAAGUUAUUGUGUUAUUCUUUUUCCUUAAGAAAUUUUUUGGUUAAUUUAAAAUUAAGUACUGUAACUCAAAUUUAAGGCCAGUGAUUUAAUUAUUAUUUGUGGUAUUUAUGGUUUUAUUAAAAUUAAGUUUGUAACCAAUUUAGUACUAUGUUCUGUUAUGAAAUCUUGGCAUGAUGCUUGGCUCAAAAAAUAUAGUCCAAAGUAUAUUUUCAUAAUUGCUCUUAAAAAGUGGGUCUGCAAAAAAAAAAAAAAAAAGUAUGAGUUUUGGAGUUAUUAUGUCUGAAUACAAUUAAAUUUCAAUAUUUCACAUACCUUCAUAUAUGUGUUGCUCAUUUUACUUCUACAACAUCUUAUGCUUUAUGACUUUUGACAUUGUUGCAGCAAAUGAGAGAUGUGUAAAUGUGCUCUGACAUGUCACUAAUUUAUGUAUCAGUCUUUUAAAAUUCUGAAUCCUUAAGAUGAGCCAAAAUGUAUAUUUUUUUGUGCCCACAUAAGUUUAAAUUAGAAUAUAUACUUUGGCAGUACAAUGUGCCUCAAAAUAUACUUCAUAUAAGCUGAAUUACAUGUAAAAAACUAGCGGAAAGAUUUUUACCUUUCAAUAAAAUUUUUUGUCAAAAAA